AUGCCCACGGCUGUCUCGGGGCUGAGGAACCCAGGCCGCUUGGCUCCUGCAGGGUUACAUCACUUCCUAAAAAUCAGUCGAACACCUCUCCUUCAAGUGAGCACCGACCCAAAGGAGCAGGAAACAGGAAAUGUGCGCGUUGGAGGGAGGCCGGGGCUCGGCAGCAUCCUGAGCGCAGGCGAGCCAGCUGACAUGACCCUGCCGUGUGCUGCCCUGGUCUUGGCCCUGGGACUCGCGCUUGGUCACUCUGGCCACGGAAAUGAUGAGGACUGGGAGCACUCAGGACAGGGCGUCGCAGAAGGAGAAAACCCCAAUGAAGGGACCACAAGCGCUUCGGCUGUAGCCACCACAGAAGUGUUAGCCGAGAAUACAAACUCCACCCUCACGGCUGACCCCCCGGGCCAGCUGGAAUUCCUACUGAUGGUGGCACUCCCCCUGGCUGCACUGGUCAUCCUUGUGUCAGUGGUGCUCAUGGCUGCCUACUUCAGAAGCAAGAAACCUGAACGAGAGCCUUCCAGCCAAGGAUCCCAGAGUGCCCUGCAGACCUGUGAACUAGGAGGUGAAAACCUGAAAGUCCCUAUUUUUGAAGAGGAUACACCCUCCGUGAUGGAAAUAGAGAUGGAGGAGCUUGAUAAAUGGAUGAACAGCAUGAACAGAAAAGCCGACUACGAGUGUUUACCUACUUUGAAGGAAGAAAAGGAGCCAAACCUGGGCCCGAGUGAGAACGAAUCCUAAAUCUGCCUGCUGUUGCUGUUUUCCGAGAGAGCACUUCCAGGGCACCUGCCGGCCUGUCAAGGGAGGACGAAGAGGAGACAAGUUUAAUGAAUUUCAACUCGGUGUAGACCCAGAACCUUUUACUGUCUGUCCACCGCACCCCUCCAGACGAUGCCUCCCCUGGACUUGGAGGCAUGUAGUCUUGGAAAGGCCGGGCCGCCUGCCAGCCCACUCCCGGUGAAGAGGGAGCUCCCCCUCCCCGUGUGGUGCUGGGUCUGCUCCAUGAUGUCCCCUCCCCACGGCCCUCCUCACCCACUCUCCACGGACACCACCUACUACCUAAUGGGCCCGGAUUUCAUCCUCAUUAAUCAUGCCUGCCGACAGGGUGAGUUUAUUGAUCUGGAACGUUCUUCAAGGACAGCUGUGUCUUGGAAAAGACGCCAAGCAAGGCGGGUGUUCCGUAGCCCCAGCACCCCGGGGAGUGGUCCAGCUUGCCUCUUACCUGCUGAGGAAACGCAGCGGGAAAGUGCAGGCUUCAUGGGGGGUCCUCGGAGGACUCAGACCUGUGCUCAGUCACGCUCAGCACUUGGCACACGUGACCUCCCGGCAGACCCUAAACACAGAAGUGACCGUUUCCUUCUGCGCUGAGAUCAUCUCCGCUCAUCACUUGAAGCCGCUGAUCUCAUGUCAAGCCAUGGGCCGGCGGUGCUGUGUGGGCGUGGGGUGCGGGCAGGUUCGGGUCACCUGUCAGCCGCCUGUUCCUCGGGGAUCUUCAACUGAGCAGGAAGUAGGUAAGCGCGUGGCAGCUGUGGCUGCGUGUGCUGGGGUCUCUCCUGCGCUCUGCACGCAGCCUUCCUGGAGGGCCGAAGAGUCUCUGACCCUCAGCGAGCCUGGAGGGGGCUAUCAGGCCGUCAGAAAUGACCAUCUACUGCUUGACAUCUGUGCUAAGAACAGUGGAGCAAAAUGCAGAAGGGCCCACUCGCCUCUCCUCGAUGCAGCCAGCCCCGGCUAAUCCUUAGUUCUCUAGCUCUGACCUUUAAAGGGCCAGCUAGCAAACUGAGUCCUCCCUUCUCUGGGAUGUCGGGUAUUUCACUUCGGAAAGAAACAGAGUGAAAAUUUUAUUUUGCUAACCACAUACAAGCUGAGGGCAGACAGGCUGACCGACGGUUGCUGCUGAACUGGGGUCUGGGUCUGAAAGGCUGCCUUCAUCUCCACAGAGGCCUCCGGCCUCCUGACCCGGCUCUUGCCUUCUGAGACACGCAGAUAAUUGACAGGCGGAGCUGGAGGCCAGGGUGGUCUCUCCACAGUGAAAGCGAGCCCUGCUCACGCUGAGUCCCGGCCCCCCGACUGCCCCCGGACUGUGUGUGUCGUGUUCUCGGCUUUCCCACUCUGACACAGCUCUGAGUCACUGCCCCGUGGACACUCACCAUCAGUUACAAUCUGGCCCAUUCUCAGACCUUCACCGGGCGGAUACUGCCUACUUAGCCAUCUUCGCUGUCUCCUCUGCCCGUGACUGUUGCUUUCAAUUUGUUUUUCUUUCUCUGAAAAGUCUAGUUCCUUCUUUCUCAGGGUGUCUAAGAUCCCCCCUGCCUCCCCAGGCCUUUGACCUUGACCUGACCCUGUCCAGUAUCAGACUUUGGAAUUUCUCUGAAGUGUGUGAGCUCUUGGACAGUUACUCUUGAUAAAGCAGUACUUGGUGAGGUGAUAACAAGAUUCUCAUUCAAUACGUCAAAUAACCUCAAACUCCUGAAGAAAAAAAUUUACCAGCACGCUCUUGAGUUUACACCUGAGAACUGCGUGGACUUUCCGGGCAGCACUGCACAGGAACUCUCUCCAAAGUUGACUUGUUCUGCCAGGACUUCAUGACAGCGGUGUGGGUCAAGAGUCCCUAGGUUAACCCUAGGAUCCUGAAUCUUUUUCCUUCUAAACAACCAAGCACGUGUGCUGGGCAGGACAAUCCAGGACUUUUUGUUGUUGUUUUGGAGACAGCGUUUCUCUUUGUAUUCCUGGCUGUCCUGGGCUCUCUUUGUAGACCAGGCUGGCCUCAAACUCAUAGAGAUGGCCUGCCUCUGUCUCCUAAGUGCUGGGAUUAAAGGCGUGCACCACCAUACCUGGCUCCAGGAAUUUUUAAAACAAAAAGACGGGCCGGAAUUUAUCGGUUACUGGGCUGUUUGUCUGCGUGCCCACAGCCCUGGGCUUGGCCCCCAGCACUGCACAAACUAGGUGUGGCUGCAGGAAGAUCAAUCCUACAAAUUCAGCUUCGUUCCCAGCUAUACAGUGAGCUCCAACACAGCCUCACAUCUGUAAGAUCCUGACUAAAGACUCAUGGUGUGGUGCAAAGUAGAUUAAUAACAUUACCUAGCCAAAUUUCUUUCUUCAGAAACUUGUUUCAAUAAUUAUGUAAAAGGAAAAGAUCCAUUUGUGACUCUUUUAAAAAAUGUGUGUUAGUGAGGUCAUUCUUUAACAGUUUUAUACGUGGGUUUCUGGUUUCUGCAACCCCACCCUCUCUAACCUCUUCCCGCCCCAUCACCCUCCCUCCAAGUCUCUUUCCCCAGGCAUCCGCUUUGUUUUGAGACACAUUGAGUUUAGCCAGGAUUGUCUGUGUGGCUGAGGGUUUGGAGCUAGUGGGCUCCUAAGUUCAUAUACAGCUGAGGACAAUGACUGUCCCUCCCCGAGGAUCCGUUGGUAGCCAAAAGUUCCUUUCCAGUCGGUGGUUGACUGUUGCUAAGCUCAGUUUAGUGUAGGCAGUCACAGCUCCUGCGCACUUGUGGCUGUACUGCUGUGCCAAGCCAGAAAGGACACCUUUUCACAGCCCCCUCCCUGUCCUCUGGUGCUUCUGGUUUUUCUGCAUCCUUUUCUGCCAGAGCUCCUUGAGCUCUGAGGGAGCCAAGCAGAGCGGUGUUUACCCUGGAGUAUCUGUAGAAACAAACAGUAUUCCUAGCCUUAAUCACAGAUGCUUCUCUUCCCGGGGGAUGCUUAAGCCCAUGGCAGCUCAAGCUGGUGCUGAGGGAAAGGGUCAGCCAAGUACUCCACCCGAAGCAGGCCUUUGGGACUCAGUGUCCUGACUCCUCGACAGGAGGGGCAUGGUCUGGAUGACCUGGCAUCCAUAGGUGGCACCUCCAGCCUUUGACUUCAGAGCUCUAGCAGUGGAAAUAACGCCAACAUAGCUAGAUGCUGUAAAGAACCGAUUUGUUGUGGUUUUGCAAUUGGGUUAUAUAAAGCAGCAAUUUGCACCAUCUUGGAAAAAGACCUCAUGUUGAGUAAACAAAAUUCGGUGCUAGUGUCUUCUGUCGGAAUGAAUGCACCGUCUAACCCUUGGGGAGUGAUAAGAUGCUUCCCACUGGGAAGACCACGCUGAUGUCAUCACUGGGGGGGAGCAUUGACAUUCUAUGCCAAAUCCAAGAAACACGCGUGACACCUUCGCAUUCUGAAGGCGCUCAGGGUGCAUUCUGGGCUUUUCUAACCGCUGCAGCAAGCGCCCCUGUAGACUUCUUCGGCCACAAUGGCCAGAAGGACGCCUGCAGCCCUCGAGGGCCAUCAGCCCGGCUGCUAGUGCCCGCACAGGCGCACAGCCAGCUGCCUGGGCCGGUCAUCAUUUCAAAGCUCCCUUUGCGGUGCUUGGGCGCUGCGUCGUCUGGUGCUCAUAUCUGAUUUUCCUUUUCUUGCGGGUACUGCUUCUGGACACCGGGGGUUAAUUUGGGGUUGUUAGUCCCCUCACCUUUUCUGAGUCAUACACUGUUCUCCAGAGGCAGGAAUCAACAGAACUGUGCCCGACCUUAGGACACGCUCUGAACUCCAAAAUAUACCGAAACUGUCAAUUCCUAAAUCAGAGUCUUGAAUUCACAGUGCUUGACCUUGCACGAGAGCGAAAGCACCACUCAGGACUGUAACACGGGUGGAUCCGUUUGUUUCAUACCCCAGCCCAUCUCACACUCAGCUCAUCUCACACCAUUUUCCUCCACCCCCAGGACUCUGUAAGUAGAUUUUUAAUGUUCCAAGAGCAAUUCUUCGGCUUUCCUUGGGUUCCUGUGUAAGGACUAAGGAUGCACACCUACUUCAGAGGAAAGUGAUCGAGGCACCAUCAUCAGAUGAGGCCCCUGAAGUCAGAACACAGCGUCUGAAGCACCCAGGCUGCUUGAUUAAAGGGCCGGCUUUUGAAAUCACCGGGUUGUAGCUACUCAGUACUAAUUUAACCCGGCAGUGCACACCCACUACCUCUCGAACUUCUGGCUAACUAAAAACGCUGUAUUCUGUCUGUCCACUGGACAGGCAGUUAAGCUGCUUCUUUAGGUCAGUUAUAUCAUGUGACCAUGAGUUCGAGGUGUACAUCACCUGCCUCUGUCCUAGCAAGGUGUGUAUUUCAGGUUGCAGCCCUUGUACAAGAAUUGUCCGGUGCUGGUGGGCUGGCCAGGAGGACGGCAGCAGCACCUGUUCCUAGACCUGACCUCCUGAGUUCAAUUCCUGGGACCCACAGAACUGGUCCCUGAAGGUUGUUCUCUGACCUCCCCGUGUGAAUCAUGGUAUACACAGACACACACAUACACUCUUGUUUAAAGGACUGUCCACCUGGGGACCUGGGUCAGAGGCAAAGCACUUGCCUGGCCUGAGGCUCUCUUCCCAGCACUGCAAGAAAACAAUGACAACAAGGAUGGAAAAACUGACUCAUUGCUGCUGAUUAGAACUGAUAUGUAAAACCGUCCAAGUUUUAAGGUUAAUUGAAUGUUUUAAGUCUUUUCUUUUCAUACAUAUCAGAAUACACAUAAUUACACUUUCUAAUUUGUGGUUUUAUCAAGGUCAUGGACAUGUGUAUAUGUAGGAAUUAUUUUCUUCUCAGGUUCAUUUUAAACCUUUGUGGCUUUUUGUUUCUUUUUAGUUUUUGUGUAUGAGUAUUUUGCCUGUGUGUCUGUGCACUGUGCAUGGAGUGUCCACAGACACCAGGAGAGGGCUUCAGGUCAUCACCGACGGUUAUGAGCUACCAUGGGGGUGCUGGAAACCAAACCUGGGCCAUCUCCCCAGGACCCUUCAGGGGCGAUUAAACAUAAAAAUGAAUAAGAACACAUGGAUUUGUGUACUAAGUUGCUCACUCAGCAGUGAUGGGUUGAAAGGAAUUUUUACAUUUAAUUUUAAAAUGAAAAACUUCUUCGGUCAGACAAGGGAUGUUUGUCAUGCCAUUGCGUCUACGUCACCAAUGUCAACACGUAGGCAAGAGUGUGAUUAAAGGCUCAUUGUAUGUACGUCUUACUGAGGAAAACUCUCCAAAUGUCUGUGACUGUAAGAGGAAUGGGUACCCUCAGAAGUGGGCUGCUUUCACCCACUUAGCUCUUUAAAUAAACAAAACACCUAUCCUGAGCACUA